AACCAAUAGAACAAUAUCUCGAUGCUUGAAAAUAACUAAAAAAUACCUAUGUUCGUAUAGAAUCAAAGUGCUUUUUGAAGUAUAUCCCUGGUGGAAUAGGAGUUAUGUAGUAGCGCUGCUGUGUGCCGUUCCACUAUAACGACACCCAAUUUAUCAAUUACUAUAUAUAAAGCGUACGGAUCAUUCUACGUCAAUGUGUUCUAGACAGACUUUGCUAUCCUCCAUAUUCGAAACCCGAACCGUAUUAUUAAAUCCAUCACCAUGCCGACCCCAGCAGAGAACGCAAAGGCAGUUACCUCAUUCGUUAAAACAAUAUACACUGAUACGUACGAGUAUAUCUCUCCAAAGAAUUUAGAUCUCAGUGGAAAAUCGGUCUUCAUCACUGGAGCUUCCAGGGGCGUUGGGAGGGAGACGGCACUUAGCUAUGCUAAGGCCGGCGCUUCUGGAAUUAUCGUCGGAGCUCGGUCGGACUUGUCAAGUUUAGUGCCCGAGAUCAAAGAAGCAGCAAAAAAAGCCGGUCGCAAGGCCGAACCGACGGUCCUCGCCUUGAAGUUCGAUGUCACGUCGGAAGACAGCGUUAAGGCUGCUGCAGACGCCGUUUCGGCCAAGUUCGGAGGAAGGCUGGAUAUAUUGAUUAACAACGCUGGCUACCUCGACGAUUGGGUGCCCAUUGCCGAGGCGAACGCGGAUUCCUGGUGGCAGACGUACGAAAUCAACGUGAAGGGGGUCUUCCUAUGUAGCAAGUAUUUCAUCCCGCUGCUCCUCGCAAGCGAGACCAAGACCAACAUCCUCACAACGAGCAUGGGCGCUAUUGCGGUUAAACCCACCGCUUCGGCCUACCAACCCAGCAAGUUUGUUGUCAGCCGGCUUGCGGAAUACGUAGCAGCCGAGUACGGGGACCAAGGCAUAGUCUGCUACUCGCUCCAUCCCGGCGGCAUCAAGACGGAUCUGGCGACUAAUAUGCCCAAGGAUGUACAAGCUCUGGUCAUCACUGACGAAGUAGCGCUUCCGGCGGAUACGCUUGCAUGGCUGGGAGCUGAGAGGCGACCUUGGAUGAACGGGAGAUUUAUUAAUGUCAAGUGGGAUAUGAAGGAGCUCGAGGCUAAAAAAGACGAGAUAGUUAAGGGAGACUUGUUGAAGUUUAGGUUGACGACAUCAGCUUAAUUUCUUUACCUAGGUACCUACCUACUAUGUUGUUGUUAUAGGUGAUCAUCUUUGUCAGUACAUACUUUAGGUAUACCGUAUAGUGAACCUAUAGAGAAGUAACAUGUCUUAUUGGUCAA